CCGGAGCGUUCCGAUCCAACUCUCUCCUCUCGCACGCACUCGCAGCAGACCUCCUCUCGGGCAGAAAAAUUCCCCACCCCUCCCUCCCUCCUCGUCCCCGCCGCCACGCCAUGGCCGCCGAGGAGGUCGCCAAGCCGCCCACUCUCCCGCACUAUCCCGAGAUGAUCCUGGCGGCCAUCGAGGCGCUGAACGACAAGAACGGGUCGAACAAGUCCGCCAUCUCCAAGUACAUCGAGGGCAAGUACGGCGACCUCCCCAAGGAGCACGCGUCGCUGCUGGCGGCGCAUCUGCUGCGCAUGAAGGAGUCCGGCCAGCUCCUCUUCCUCAAGAACAACUACUUCCGCACCGACAGGCCGAACGCGCCGCCCAAGCGGGGCCGGGGCCGCCCGCGCAAGCCCUUGGACCCCAACGCGCCACCCAAGCCCGCCUCCCCGCGCCCCCGCGGCCGCCCUGCCAAGCCCAAGGACCCCGAGGCCGAGGCCGCCAAUCCGCCCAAGAAGGCCAAGACGUCCCCUCCCUCUGCCGUCGACGGAUCCGCCUCCGCCAAGCGCGGCCGCGGCCGUCCCCCCAAGGCACGCCCCGCCGAGCCGGCGGCGGCCUGAGUCUCCUCCGUCCUCUCUGUUGGUUUCUUUAGAUCAUCCGGGUGCUGGUUAAUCUUGUUCUGUAGCGCUUAAUAAUUGUCGGUCGCUAUCUUUAGUUGUAGUGGUGCUUAAUUGCCGGGAUCGCCGUGUCGUGAUUAGGAGCGUUUAUUGUGUCGCCGUCGCCGUUGCUGUCGUGGUCGUGGCGCUGCCGCCGUUGUUGUAACCGAAGGAAGGUUGAUUAGGAUGUUGAGUGUGCUGAUUGUUCAGCUAAUGUGGAUCUGUUUGUACAAUCGAUGGACGGGAUUAACGGUGUUGGUUAGUGAUGA